AUGGUAUGGAUUUUGGAGAAUCUCAGAAUCUCAGAAUCUCAGAAUCUCAGAAUCUCAGAAUCUCAGAAUCUCAGAAUCUCAGAAUCUCAGAAUCUCAGAAUCUCAGAAUCUCAGAAUCUCAGAAUCUCAGAAUCUCAGAAUCUCAGAAUCUCAGAAUCUCAGAAUCUCAGAAUCUCAGAAUCUCAGAAUCUCAGAAUCUCAGAAUCUCAGAAUCUCAGAAUCUCAGAAUCUCAGAAUCUCAGAAUCUCAGAAUCUCAGAAUCUCAGAAUCUCAGAAUCUCAGAAUCUUAGAAUCUUAGAAUCUCAGAAUCUCAGAAUCUCAGAAUCUCAGAAUCUCAGAAUUUCAGAAUCUCAGAAUCUCAGAAUCUCAGAAUCUCAGAAUCUCAGAAUCUCAGAAUCUCAGAAUCUCAGAAUCUCAGAAUCUCAGAAUCUCAGAAUCACAGAAUCUCAGAAUCUUAGAAUCUCAGAAUCUUAG